ACACAUAAACAACACAUCCUACCCCACAUUACAAUUCCACCCGUAUAACAUGCAAUAUUUUCAGCUAAAAGAGAGGGAAAAAAACCUCGCAUCGAUCGAGAUCUGCAAGUGUAUGUUGCCAAGCAACGCGUCAAAUUUUGAAACAGGCUAUAUUGAGACAGAUGCAGUGACAUUGGCUUCGUGCCAAAAUUUGUAACGGCAGUGAGGUGGGGGGAGGGGAUGCGGGACGGGGUGGAUGGGUGGGUGGGUUGAUUGGAUGGGUUUAUGAAAGAAAGGGAACUGGGUGGAAGGGAGGAAAAACGACCGGAGAAGGGGUGGGUCAAGAGUGAAGGGUGGAUUGGGGGAAAUUGCAGCGUUGAGAAAAAGGGAUUGUUGAUGAGGGACAGGCCGUAGCACAAAUAGUAACCACCUCGGCUCUCACUUCCCCUUGAGGGUGGGUAGGAGUUGUAGAAUAACAAUCGCAAAUUAGUUGUAUGAGCACAAAAGUGGGAAAUAAGCUGUUCUGGUUUGAGAGAGGAGCGAACGAGUGCAAAAACAAAUGUUCAGAUUUACACCCCUUUAAAAAAGUCAGAUGCAUAUGUGCGUUUAUACUUGUGUGUAUGUGUGUGAAAUAAUUUGCUAGCAUUUGUGGCACAUUUUUUUUUUUUGGAGAAGCAAACAAUGAAAGACGCGAGAAAAAUAGUUGAGUAACCUAAUUUUGCAAACUUUUAAAUGUUUAACUUGUGUGAAGUCCGUAAGCAGCUGCAUUCCUUCAUGUUCUUGAAAAUGGUCUUAAAUUUUAUAGGAGCUAUGUUAGGGAUUUGCAGAUUAACAAGCACAAAGUUCAAUGCAUGGGAAGGAAGGCACAGACGCUAACAUACCCACCCACAUUCUCAGUAGCCAGGCCUAGAUUGUAUGCAAAUUAUUUUCUUUGCUUCAUGUUCAUUCACGAAACUGCCCAUACAUUUCAGAGCUGGAACGAGACCGACUUAAUUUAUGUGUAUACAAAGAGAUUUAACCCAAGACGUAACUACUUAGUAAGGCUUUGUUGAUUUGGUAUAUACUUUUUUACAGUCCAACAUAAUAUACUGUAGUGGUGUGCUGGACGUUUCCCUCUCACAUCCUACUUUGUGCCUGAUAACAUAGCAGGCUUACCUGGGAUGAGCAGACAUUUACUGCCAAGAUAAAUGGUUAGCAGGGAACUAUCACCUGUAUUUGAGCUGCAUUGAGGUGAAGCGAUAACUGAACAUUUCCCAGAAAACCAGAAGCGCGUUUAAAUUUCCAAUCAACAACCGUUCACUGGCUGUCGAGUAAAAACGAACUGUAAUUUGUGUGCAGAAGGGCUGGGGUGGGCUGGGGGAAAUAACAAUUCUUGGGUGAAUGAAAGAAAAAUUAAACUACCAUUUUUUUUAUGGUUCGUCAUCGGACGUUGCGCUUAUCUUCUGCAGAAAUGAGGUGAACAUGGUGACGAGGCCAAGGGUACGGAGUAAAAAAAAAAAAUCUGCGGGGAGAGGAUGGUAUUAAAAAGAAGAAAAAAAAAAAAAGAAAGACGCGAGCUUGUUGUUGCUACCCGCGAUAAAUAAACACCACGUGUUUGGAUUUAAUUAAGCUCUGUGUUGUUGGUGUUGGGUUGAGUACACACAUGGAGCUUCCCCCCUUCUUCUGCUGACAUCGGCACCUCUCCCUCACGCUUCUUGUUUGAUAUGUUACAGAUCGUUCACAGCCACACGCUUCCCACUUUGUCAGGCGCCCACAGGGAGGGGGAGAGGACUGACCACAGUUUAAAAAAAAAAAAACCACCCACCCCCAUCAACCCCGCAAAAUGUCAAUGCGUAAGAGCGGUUAAUAUUUAAUUUUUAAAUAUGAAAUAGUUGACGGAUGUCAUGCACGGAGCUCUCACGCACGCGCGCGCGCCCACACUCAUAAAGAGAAGUUAAAAGCAUAUCGACGUGCGGACACGCAAUGUCCAGUCGGAAAGUGUAGCACGCAGCAGCGCGGGUAGGUGGGGGAGGCGGCACUGUGCCUCCAGAGAAAUUAAAAAAAAAAAAAAUGAAAGAAAAAAAAAAACGGCCAAGAAAAAAAAAGUAUUGAUGCGUUGAAUUUUUCUCCCCUUCCCUUCCCAGCACACUCACUCUGGGUCAUGAAGGCUUUAUGAUUAAAGGGUUUGCUCAGGCCUGCCUUUUUUUUUUUUAAAAAAAAGCUUGCUGCUAGGAAAAGCAAUAGGCACACACAAUCAAGGUCUCUCUUUUCUCUCUCCCUCGUUCUCUCUCUCCCGCUCGCUCUCUCACGGGCUCGACGUUCAGUGGCCUACAUGUUAAACAGACGUUGCAGAUGGAAUAUUUGAACGCACGACCAAGCGACAUUUCUGUGGUGUUUUUUUUUUUUAAUCUUAAGAAAAGGAUUUCAUGUCUGGCCGACCGGCAGAUGAUUUGGAUAGACCGACCACUCACCAGCGCUGCGCACUGUCGGACGACGGCGUUGGUGCCGUGUUGUGUCGGCGCCUUACCGUAGGGCAGGACUGCAGUAGUUUUUUUGGGGAAAAAACUGAAACAGGAGGAGUUUUAAAAAAAAAUGGAGGUUCUUUUUUCUUCUUCUCGUUUCUUGUUCGCCGGUGACCUCGGAUUGUUGGUGUGCGUGUGUGGCUGCAACUUCGAGCAGUGUUGUGAUAAACAUCGUUCGUCAGAUGGCAGCAUCGCCUGGCAUUUCGCCCCAGUCCAGUGCUUUAUUAAACGUCUUGGAAGCGCUGUGGAUUCCAGUUGAAUUGGCAAUUCAUUGUCUGGGAGACUGAGUGUUUGGGUGUAUUGCUCCAUGCUCUUCGCCGAGUUUCUUUCCUGCUGUUGUAUUGUUUGAAAAAAAAAAAAAGGAUGUGAAGAAUACUCGCCGGAGAUCCGACACUAAGACUGCCUAGUCGUAGGAACAGAAAUAUACGGCGCGAAUCUCAGUAAUAUUUAGUGCUGGGCAUUCGUUUUUGAAAGUGUAGUGUGAUGGGUGCAAGCCGAUAAGGUAAUUAAAUGAAGAGUCGUUACUGGUGACCUGUAAAAAAGAACGCCAGCGUCUUUUGUCUACCGAAGGAUCGGCACGGGGUUUUUUUUUUAUGUUGGGGAUGAACGCGUUUCGAAAAGCAGAGAAUAUUCUAGAAACUUCAGGACCGCAAUGGACCCGUACUUUGAGAACUUUAAAGUCUUUCUUGCCUAUUGGCUUAUGUCUACCAGCCGUGGCGAGUUGUCGGACGUGCUGCCAAUGGGUGGCCAUGAGCCGUUGCCGCCACAGGGUCUGCAGCUGCAGCCGCCCAUCCACCACCAGCACCAACACCAGCACCAGACCCACCAUCAUCAGCACCAGGCACCAUCGCACGGUCAUCACCACCAGCAGUUGCAAAGCCCUCACGACCAGCAGCAGCAGCAGCAGCAACAACAACAGCAGCAGCAGCAGCAGAAGCUCGAGCACGACCCUCAUCACCAACAGCAGCAGCAGCAGAAUGCCCAGCCCUUGUCGCUUCUACCCAGCCCCGUCCGGCCAUCACUUGUCCCAGUCACCGUUGCACACGCAGAGCGUUGGCAGCCAGAGCGACAUCAGCGUGGACAUCGCCUCCACGUCGCAGCGAGCGCACGUCUGCACGACCUGCCUGAAGGGCUUCCGCAGCAAGCAGCAGCUAGCUCAGCACUCCCUGGUGCACAGCAACAUCCGCAAGUACACCUGCACCUACUGUGAGCGCGCCUUCAAGCAGCUGUCCCACCUCCAGCAACACACGCGCAUCCAUACAGGUGAGCAGUCUUCGGAAAAAAAUGAGGAACGCAGGUACUCCUGCAGUUACUGUGAACGGGCGUUCAAACAACUGACCCACCUCCAGCAACACACUCGCCUGCACACAGGUGAAAAGCCUUACAGCUGCAAAAUGGAGGGCUGCGAGCGAGCCUUUGCACAGCUGUCUAACUUGCAGCACCACAUGCGCAACCAUGAAGACCAGGUGAAGAAGGAAGCAACUCGUAUCCACAAGUGCCUGAUCUGCCAUCGUUCAUACACCAAUGAAAGCAGUCUCCGUGCCCACACACUAAAAAUGCAUAUCCACAUCAAGCAAGUAACAGAGGAUGGACAGGCUUCGGAGGCUCCACCUGUGAAAAAGCGGAAGAAGAAGAAGCAAAAACUCUAUACUGUCCCUUCCAUGGUCCCUCUUAGUUCUUCACAUGAUAAUCAUGAUCGUGCUGGCACAAAUGCAAAAAAACAAACAUCAGAGUCCUCUUCAGAUGAUGAUUUGAUCAUUAUUGGAGAGAAAAAUGAAAAAGAAGACGAGGCCAGAAUUGCAGGAAUGCCUCGCACGUUAGUGGAAUCCUUGAACUAUUAUGAGCGAAGCUUGACAGGUCGCAAUCUUCAAGAUGCAAAUGUUUCCAGUUCGAGCCAGUUUGGUAGUCAGCAGAGUGGAAGUCUUGGUUCAGGUAAUGAAGGGAGUGGGCUGAGGGGCAGCAGGUUUGACCCUGGCCGAGCAGGAAGCUUGGGUUUGCAUAAUUUGAUGACUCUGUCUGGGAUGGAAACAUCUGUCAUGUCAGGCCAGCAUCCCGAGAUGAUUGAACGAGCAGCGGCUGCAGCCGCUGCAGCUGUGUCCAGCCAGAUCCACAACCUCAGCAGCCACGGGCACACAGGCAGCAGCACUUCAGAUGGAGGUGUGCUUGCCAGUCACGGCCAUUCUCAGACACCCCACAGCCAACUUACGUCCAAGAGCAGCAACAAUGGAGGGGGCAACAGUGAUAUGGCCCCUACUCGCAGUCCAACCCCAACAGGUCCGCUCCAUCCCCUUGACAUGGUGGGCAUGGGUGGGGCACAGUAUGGUAGCCAGAACCCUUAUGUGUCAGCCUCCCAGAUCAUGGAGGCCCACCUGCGUAGUCAGCUACCACCUAUGGGGCUACAGGUGGUUCAUGACCAGUACCCAGCACACUCCUCCACUCCUUUGUCGUCUGUCAGUGCUCUUUCUCAUCAUGCUCGCUUUUUGAGCCCCAGAGGCAUGGGGGAACUUUCCAUGCCAUAUGGGUCACACAUAUCAACAGCAUCAUCCUUGCACUCAUCAACAGCCACCAGCAGCCACAUGAGCCUAUCUACAAUUCAGCAUGGCAGUAAUCGCUCUCCAACACUUAUUGGCUCACCUCAGCAUGUGUCAGAAUCCUUGAACUUCAGCUCGUAAGUUUUUACAGAGCUACAAGGUGACAGUCUUUUAUUUUUUUAUUUUCAUGGGUUGGUGGGGAAGUGGGGGAAGAAAAAGGAAUGCAAUUGUUUUUAAAUGAUGAAAGAUUACUUUUUACUUUUGCUUGGAGGAAGUUUUUGAAAUACCUUAAAUUGAUAAUCCAUUUCACAUUCAUAUUCAAUCUGAUAUGGAGUGGUUUAUAUGGCAGAAUAAAGCAGUGUGUAAGAUAAAGACUAGAAAAUCAAAGAUGGAAGUGGUGUGCUUGUUUUUUGUUUUGGUUUUUUUAACCAAGGGAGAUAAUUUCUGCACUUCAGUGGUGGGAGAAUUCAUGGUGUGCUUGUGGAAAUACAUGUUUGCCAUCAGUGUUAUUUUAAAACAUUUCACCAGUUCUUGUUACCUUCAAGAAGACAAGAGUGUGACAUCAUUUGACUGUGGUAUUUUAUGUGCUUUUGUAUCACUUUAGAGACUGUAAAAUGUAAAGAAUGGCAUAUAAUUUUAUAUGGCUUUCCUGCACUGUACUUCAUUCAAGUCAUUAAUGCUGAUUAAAAAAAGUAAUCGAGAAAAUUGCUACCACCAGGAACUGGACUUAUUGUCCAUGUGAGCACUGCAAAAGGCAGGUGUGUCAAGCAGUGUAACAGACAUCUGCUGAUAAUGUUGUUUGAAAUUUUGGUUACAUCCAGUAGUUUUUGAUAAAUGGAGUAGUCCUGUUUAUUGGCAGCUUGUGUUGGGCCAUAAGAGUGCCAUCAGUGUAGAGGUUAGCUACACACAGGUGAAACUUCAUUGAUGUACAAAAGUACAUCAUGUUAGUGUUUGUAUAGUUUUUAGGCAUGACAUACAGCUGAUACAUUUAUUGCAUGUUAAAAGUGGUGCACCUUGUUUUAUUUAAUUUUUUAUAUAUACAUAUAUACAUUUUUUUUUUUUUGCUUUGCUGAGUGAUUUAGUAGUGUAACACAAUAGUACAAUGAAGCGUGUUGUGACUUUCCCCUCAUUUUUUUUCCCUCUUUUUCCUUAUAGUCACACAAUCAUUUCUGCCUUAAAGAGUGUUGACAUAGAAUUGGGAUUUCACAGUAAUAGCAAGACUGAUCAGUACACACAAGUUUUGGAAACUACCUAAAAUUCUUAAUGUUCCAGUUUGCUCUUGAUGUAGGUUUUAUUUAUUUUUUAAACUUUUAAUUGCUAAUUCUCCAAUUUGUCAUCUGCCUUGAAGAGAGAAUAGUUGAAGACAGGGUUGGGAAUCUUUCCUAAAUUCGUUGUUGUCUUUGAUUCUCUAUGCCUGUAGUAUUGUUAGUUACCAAUGUUACAUUUUACAGUAAAGAAAAUUAAUUUGCAGAGCUCACGUGCUCAGCUUAGAAACAGAUUGUAGUUACCUCGACUCAUCCCGUGGCAAAAAAAAAAAAAAAAGGCAUUUUUGUUUCUUAAUAACAAAAAAAACCCCACCACAAGCUGUGCUAUUGUACAUAUGGGAAAAUAAAUGUGUGCUUGUUUAUUUAGGUUUGACUGCAUGCACACAUCCCUUUCUCUCAUGCAUGUGUGCAUGUUGACACACAUUCAUAGAGUCUUGGCAUCAGCAGUCUUUUGGAGCAUUAAAAGAUAGUAAAUAUGUUAUUGAAUAGCCAAUAGAGUAAUUCUGCCUUCAUUUUGCUGUCAAUCCUACUUAUUUGCACAGUUCUUGACAAAGGCCUGUUGUAUCAUCAGUCCUUUUCCAAGCUUCUUUCUAUUUUGUUACUCCAUCUAAACUGUAAAUAUAUUGUGAAGGGCCAGACCACCACAGUCUCUGGAUUAGAGCGGCCAGAUAAAUCUGUAGCAGAAUACAUGAGCCAGCAGCAAAAUUAAUCUGUUAGAUUGGUACAAAAUGUAGUUUAAGGAUUUCAAGAGCAUAAAAUGUCAGGUUUUGAAAGUUACAUACUCUGUAUUCUUCAGGAUUAGCAUCUGUCUCUGGUUGCCUAUUUGUGGCUUCAGUAAAUGAGGAGGAUUACAGUCCGUUGGACACAUGCAGAGAGAUGAGGUUUAUUACAGGGAGCAGUAUCUUUACUGCAUGCCACACUAGGAGAUCAGGAAGAUUACAGGGUAUGGUAGAGCUGUAAAAUGUCACAGGUAGAAAAAAAAAAAGGAAGGAAACUUGUACAGGGUAUUUUGAACCUGAUCAUGGUUGUAGUCGCUCAUCAUGCAUGCUAGAAAUCUCUUGGGUUUAAAACUUGAUUUUUACCAGAGUUCUUAAGAGAGUUUUGGUAACAGUUAUUUAAAAGAGAGAAUGAAAGCUUUUCUUUUGUUGUGGGCAGAGAUCAUUAAUAUUGUUGUUAUCCAUUCAUUAUUAAGAUUUGUAAGAUCAGUAACUUCCAAAGUUGUGCCCUGAGAUUUUUUUCCCCCCCUAAUCUACACCAAGUAAGGCUUUGGUCUACAGAGGUUCCAUAGUUAUGGGGUUAAUGUGCUCUGAUUUACAAAGAUUUGAGACAUAGUUUGGCCAGUGACGGAAAAAUUCCCUCUGACUACCAAGCAGUGAUAAAUACCUGCAUUAUUAGUAACGGAAGAAAAGGGUAAAUGAAAAGAGUUAGGUUUCGACAAAUUUUUAUUGUAGAUUUGGGAGUAGGAAGUAAUUGUGCAUGUUCUCUAUAACUGUAGCGAUAAAUAUUUGUUAAUAUCAUUGUGACUUUUAGUGGGAACUGUUAAGAUAUUUACCAUGUAAAUUUUACGCUUUUUUUUUGGUGAAUCUUUUUUUGUUUAUCACUAAAUGGUUGCCAAGGAAGAAAAAGUACAAAAGAUUGUUACUGCUGUUGGUAUCCAUUAUCAAAUUUCAAAUCUCUGUGAUAGUAGUAGGUGAAAAAUAUAAAGACGUUUAUCAAAAUGAUAAAAGUAAUUAUGUUUGACCAAGCAGACCAAUUCUUUUAUUUUCAGUUUGUAGAAUAAUUGGGUUGUCGCUAUCCUGUCAUUUUAUGGUAAAGUGGUUUUAAUAAUUUGCUUCAGUUUACUUUAGCCUUGUGUAUUUGAUAUGCAAUGUUGUUUUCCUAUUUAUAAGGUGAUUUAUAGUUGAAAGGCUACUAAGUUUAUAAUUAAGGCUGGCAAAUAUUUUACCGUACCAGCUUACCAGUUUUCAUUUUAAAAAGUUGCUUAAGCGUACUGGUUGAUGGUUAUCAAAGAUCAGGAAUUUCUGCCUGUUACUUUUACAGCACUUUAAUCACAGUGAAAAAACAAUUUUUGGUGGAUGCUCAUGAUUUUGCUUUUAAAGAUUACUGUAGUAAUGCUAAAAUGAUUGUGUGCUAAGAAAUUAAUUUUGGCAGGCAGAGUAUUGUCCCCUUUGCAGAAGGCCAGCUGUUUAUCACUUGCUGUCAGAUGUUGGAUUUCUCAUUAUUGUUGCAUUGGUUUUUUUUUUUAAAAUUUGCUUUAUGGAUCUGACAUUUUGGAAAAUACUAAACCAAAAAAAAAUUUAUUAGUGCUGCUUACAUAGUUUGUAGUGCUUAUUGUUACAAUUGAUUCCAAAUUAUUUUAUCAUCUGUUUGCUGGAAAUUGUUCUGCUUUCAUUUGUGUUUAAGUGUUGCUGCUAUAGAACAAAUCAUUAGGAUGUGUAAAAGUGAUUAUUGUCAUGUUUGUCAGAAGCAUAGAAACAGACAAAAAGUAGUAAAAUUAAUUUAGCGACAGAAUUUGGGAAGCGGUAUCAAAAUAUUAGCGGGUAAAGUGUGGUGCUUGUCAGGUAAGUUACACAGUCAAACAUGCUGGUCUCCUCCUAGCAAUAAAAGCAAGCAAAACCAGUUUAUUACUGUACACUAGAUAACAUUUUCUUUAUAAUAAUAUUCCAUGUUAAUCAUUAUGAUGUUAAAUAUACAGCCAAGGACUUUAAUCUCUUUAUGUAUCUUAAAAACAAAAUAACAAAUUUAUCAUUAGAUAAAGUGGAAGAAAAAUUUGAAGUCUGGUUGCAUGCCAAGAGAAAACUUUAAUCUUUGAUGUGUAAUUUAUUUCCUUUUUAAUCUUACGAAUUGUAUUAUAAUGUGAAAGAAUAUCAUUAGUAGCAUAAAAAGAAUACAAAUAACAAUAGAUGCAAUAAGCAUUUGUAACUUAUAGUUUACAAAAGUGCUGUCGUUAAUGAUGAUCCUAGUGUAAAAGUGUUUGCUUCAUGUGCAGCACAUGAGUGGGCUUAGUUACAUAUCUUCUGUGGCAAUGAAUCUCUUUAUUUUUUUGUGAUUACAGCACUUGAUUAUGUGAUCUCCCUAAAUAUUUUUGAAAAGGAAAACAGAGAGGUUUAAUCUUUCCUUUACAUCUGCUCAGGUUUUAUAGUCUACUUCACAUUUUUAUAUUUUUGACAUAUAGACACAUACAGACUCUGACACAGAUACAUACAAAAACACAUACAUUGGAAUCGAGACUCACAAUAUUAAUUAAAGCUGAUAGAUUUUAUUUUAGCUCAUCCUUAGAAUUUUAUUAUAUGUCAUAAGUUCUUAAGAAUAAAAAAGGAAUAUGAGCAGCCAUAUAAAUCUCUAUACAGCUUUGUUUUUAUCCACCUUUGCAAUUAUUGGACAUGGCAGGUGUUGGAUACUUUUUGUUUUGAGGAAGCAUAACAUGUAUGCCACAAAUGUUAGAGUUUGUGCAGGAAAAUUAACUGUAAAGUGCUUGUGAUUGUGCCAUGAGAAAUUUCAACUUAUUUAAGAUUUAUAGAUUUUAUAUUUGUAAUGGCUGAUGCAUGUAGCAUUUGUAUAAGUGCAAGUAGAGAUUUAUGUAGAAACAUGCUUACCAGGUUUUAGAUGAUGCUUACAGAUUUUACCAUGUGCUAAGGUAGACCUAGAGAGAACUGUGAACAGCAUUCUCCAGCUUCCUUAUGUCUUGCAGGUGUCCUGCUACAAGCAGUCAUCUUAAUGUUGUCUGGCGUUGUACUAUAAGAAAAUCCAACAUGUUCUUGACUUGAACGUUGAGUACAAUAUUGUUUUAAACUGACCUGUUUGCAGUAUAUAUAUUUUGCAACAUUAUUCAUAUGUGUGGGGCAUGAAUGGUAUUGAAACAUUAAAUAAUUGGUAGCAUAAUUGCUUCUUAAAUUUCAAAGAAGUGAUUUUGUGACCGGUUUGAGAUGCUGUCUCGUGCCGAUAACCCCAAUCCAGCUUUGGUAUGUGUGAACCAUGGUAAUCAUUGCCACUGUGGUAGUAUUUUGUUGGUAUUGUUGUAUUUAACUAAUGUUGCCUAUUCAAACUAGACAACUGACACUGUUAGGUUUUUGCCAUGCCUAUGAAGUUCAUUGUAAAUACCCAGUUUCUUGCUCUUCAAAAUGACUUAAAAAUGACAGAUUGAAAAACAAACUAGCACAGAAGGCUUCUGGUGCCUUCAUUUAUGGAAAGCUCUUCAUAAUCAUGUAAUUUUUUUUUCAUUACCACCAUGAUCUUUGUCACUUCUGUGAAUUUAUGAGAAUUUUCUAUCUGCGUAGUGUCAUGUAUACUGUUGUGUAGUAGUCUGGAAUUUAGAUUUCGUAACAUCAUUGAACAUGUGUAUUGCUUUUCAGAAUUUUUUUUAUUUGUGGCAUAUGCUUAUCCAUGUUCAGUGUGACUGAAUGCUAGUGUCUCAUUUUUUUUUUUAACAGUGAUAGGUGCAGAUGUUUAAUUACAGCUCCUUUGCACCAAUUUCUUAGCCUCACAAUUUCCAUUUCUUUCUUCCAUUCUUAUUUUCCUAAUUUCUUCAAGCUGUAUUUUACUGUCCUGUGGAUUUUAUUGUGCAAAGAAUCAUUAGGACUGAUGCAUAAAACACCUGAUGGACAAACUGAAAAGUAAUGAAAAACUGACUUAAAUGCGUAUUAUACUUUAGUGAUUUUUAGCAGCAGCAGGAGUUGUAGCUUAAAGCUCUCUUGCAGAGCGAGACAUUCCAGCUGGCCAUCAUAAAUGCUGCACUUUAUUUUUUUUUUCUGAAUACAGAACAAUGGGGGAUGAAGGGUGGAAAUUAUGAAGAAUGUUGCUAAGCUUGUGCUUUGUAUCGGUAGAUGGUAUUAUCCCCAUUCCGGUGAUGUUUGUGGAAAAGUUGGAUAGCUGUCUUAUUUAUUUAAACAAAUCUGUGGAACACCUUUUUUAAAAAAUUCAUAAAAUUAUACUAGACGGGUGGCAGUAAAGUGCCAUUACUUAUGCUUUUAAGCAUAAUUGUUUGCAAGACUGUAUUAGGUGCACCGGAUAGCUUUAGUAAAACAAUGUAUUUUAGUAGUAAAACAUAAAUUUAAAGAUUAAAAAUAAAACAGAUAUGAGAGUACCUGUUAAAUAUCAAAAUGGAUCAAAAGCCAUUAUAACUUCUGUAUUUGCCAUGUUCAGAUUUACUGUUUCUAAUAAAUACUGUCUGAAUUUCUCCAGGCACUAGGACUAAUAAGUUGUAAGUUCCAUCAUCGCAUGUUUACAUCAAGGGGACAAAGGAGAGCGUGGACAGAAAAUAAAGUUCUCUCCCUUGUAUCAGGUUUUGUAUAAGCAUUCACUGUAAAAUGUUACCAUAGCAACAUGCUUGACAUCAUUCCUGUUAAAUGUUAUGUUUUAGGAUGUUCUGCUACUAUUAACUAUUUGAAUUCUUCAAAAAAGAAAAGCCUUCUCAGGUAUACAACUUGCCAGAGUAUGCUGAAACAAUAGGGUUGGUGGGUUUUUUUUUUCAGUUUCAGCACAAAUUAGCAGGUAGGGGGCGACAGUUUUAGUUUGUCUUUGCCUGCAGCAGCCCAAAAUUGCAGCUACAGAACUGUAAUCAUUAGCAUUUACAGUAAAGUCAAGAAAAUAUACUGAAGUAGAGUAGUAAUAUUCAUGAGGAAGUAAUCUGUGAUGCCAGUGUACAUGUAAUAAUUUCUCAGUUAUCUUAGGUAGUAUAGCAAUUUUUUCAGUCAGCUGUUACUGCAAAAAAAAAAAAAAUCCUGAGAGGUUAAAAGAAGACUUCAUGAGAAUUGUUGUGUUAUUAAAUAAUUUAGAAAACUAAGGCUUAUAAAAAGUCUUAAUUUGCUUUUGCUUGGCUCAUUUGAAGAGUGAAAGAUAGAGCAGUUCACUGUGCUUUUGCACCUUAUUUCUCAAUAGUGGUAGAGCUGCCCAGUUUAUUUUAAACCCUAAAAGUGGUGCCUAGUUUAGGAGAUUUAAAAAAAAAUUAAGAGACCAGUGGAAAGCAAUUGUUAUAGAGUUUUAAAAACAUUCUUAAUAUUAAGUAAAGUUGCUAGUGUUUUGAGAAUCAAAAAAUAGGUGUUUGUGAAGCUUUUUCUUACUGAUAGUAAAAACAACCCUUUAGACCUUGAGGAUGAUAAUUCUUGAUCACAUCCAGUUUCAAUUAUUUUUUUUACUCCACUUCAGCAGCAGCAGUAUACAUUCCACAUGUAGAGUAAAACAGCUUUUCUAUACACUAAGUUAGAAAUAAAAGGUAGCCCCAUAACAUUUCAGUAGUUGGGAAUGAGGUAUUUACAUUUUCAAAAUGUAGUUCAAAACCACCGUCCAGCUAAGACAUUUCAUUCUGAGAAGGGAGUCUCCUGUCAUGAGCAAAUAUUUUAAGAAAGAGGAAGGGUGGAAGGAUGUAUUAUAUUUGCAAAACAUUUAAAAGCCAGGUGCAUUUGUUUAUAUGCUGAAGGAUCUAAUGCUUUUAACAUUCGUUGUAUGAUAGAGAGAUCAUGAGUGAAAAGAUGGCAGUGUAUGUCAUAUUGUUAUCGUCACAGGUACAAUAAUUGUGUUUUAGUGAAUGUGAUGUAUUUUCCUAUUCUGCUCCAUAGCAAAGUUGCUGUUUAUAUACUCAAAUAAAUGCUUUUGUAUUAAACAUUCAAGUAGUGGGGAUCAAUAGGUUUGCUAACAGAAGAUUAUUUUUGAUUGACAACAGUUAACAGAGUUUAAAAAAAAUUACUGUUUAUUAAUAAUUUAUGCAAAUAUUGUUUUUAAGCUUUGGGAGGACUGGGAGUAGUCGUGAUUACACCAUCAUUAACUUGUAGGGUCAGAGUUGUAAAAGAGAAAACAGGUUUUCAGGCAUAGAUUAUCUCUUUUUAAAAAAAUUGCUUGCCAGUACCAACACAACAUAUUCUCUGUAUAGGUACAGUGGACUACUAAUUUUGUGUUGUCCCUAUGAUAAAAUGUGCAUCAGUAACAAUGGCAGUGUCUUGGCUGACAUUCUGCUUGGUCCAGCUCACUUCUUGGGUGGUCAAGACAUGAAUUUUGCAGAUAUGUUUGUCUUAUUUCUUGGGUAUGAUGCUAUCUUACCAGUCCUAUUUUGCAAUGAUUUUUGGUGGUGACACAUGGCUAAAGCUCUUUGUCUUGUGCACUUACCUUUCACACUGUAAUGGACAUCAACACUCUUGCAGCUUUGAUCAGCCAGGACCGACACAUUGUGCCCUGCACUUGAGAUAUUUGUUACGUUUUGAAAAAAAAUGCGAUUUAGGGUUUUGUAGUGAUUUUGUUGUUUCCAGUUUCAUAUAAAUAAUGAAGGUAAGAUGCUUUUAUCUUGGCACAUGAAAGCACAAAAUUACAGAUUAUAACUUAUUUUAUUAUGGGGGAUGGGUAUGGUCAGCUAGUGGUUCAGCUAUACACAUGGCAGAUGUCUUAAGUUUAUGAAUGUUUGAGGUUCACUAGCUGCAAGGAACCAAUAUUUUGCAUUUGACAAUGAUAUAGUUGCUUUAAUGCACACUUUACGUCCCCUUUCUGACUAGUCCUGUUACAUGAAAACAUUUGAGCCUAAAGCUCACAUUUCACUGUUUCUGCCAUACACAUUGGCUUAUACUCACAGCUUUUGGACUAGGCUGAAUGACAAAAAGAGUUUGUCAAAACUUUUGAUGGUUGCUGUUCUGUUCUUAAAUUUGUUUAAAAAGUGACACAUUUGCAAUACUGUUUGAGGAUCCUGUGUUCCACAAUUAAAAAGAAAAAAAUUAAAAAUUUAAGCAGAAGUUUUAAUGAUGAUGGAAAUGUCCAAGUUGUUUCUUUUCUUAUAUGUAUUACAAAAAUGUAUUUUACAGUGUGUCUUCAAUGUUUUGACUAUUGCUUAGACCCUGUAUGAAAAGAAGGAGAUAGGACUAUUGUAUACUGAAAGUGUAUCUUACUGGGAUUAGGUUGUGAAUACUGAAUUGUUGUUAGAGGAUGCUGAUAUGGAUGAUGACCUGAUAAUAUGGGUGUUCAGCUUGUUGUACUACUUUUAGAAUGAGAAGUGUAAAUUGUGUACAUGAAGCAACAGGUCGGCAACAUUGCUUGCUUUCUGCAAGAGUGCAGCUAAGCUGGUAGUUUUAGUGUGUAUUAUUAAUUCAUUUAUUCAUUACUACCUUCACACUUUCAUUUGAUCAUUCAUCUGCUUUUCCUGGAAUCAUAUUGUCACUGGGUUGUCUUACAUGUGCAUACUUACUUGUGUUCAGUUUGUCUUAAUCACGUUGAUUAAGCAGAUUGCUUUAGUGACACCAAGUGUGCAAAGUAUGAAGUAAAACAUAUUAAACAUGACCAGCUUUCAA